AUGCAAAUCUCCCCACCCUCAGACAGAUAUAAAUACACUGCAAGUACACAGCAGUCUCUGUGUUUGGUCGAGUACAGCAGAGGAAUCAUGAGCUGGCCUCUUCUUCUUCUGAUAUCCUUUGUGCUCUAUGUGCAUGGCAUCAGUCUGACCUCAUCUCCUGCUGAGGUUAAACCUCCCGGAGCCUCAGUGAAGUUGUCCUGUCAGAUUUCUGGCUAUGCCCUCACUAGCUACGGCACAAGCUGGAUCAGACAGUCUCCAGGAAAAGGCUUGGAGUGGAUCGGGAUCACAUGGGGUGGUGGAGGCAUAGCCUCUGGAGCUUCCUUUAAAACUCGCUUCAGCAUCUCCAGAGACACGAGCAACAAUAGAGUUCUCAUUAGUCCUCCUUCAACACAAACGUUUGCUUCAGCUCCACUGCUACUGCUGGCUCUCGCCCCCUAUGUGUUCUGCGCUACUGAGCUCACCCAGCCAGACUCAGUGGUUAUAAAGCCAGGAGAGACUUUAACCAUCACCUGUAGAGUGUCUGGAGCUUCUAUCACUGAGAGCAGCAGCCACUAUGGAACAGCUUGGAUUCGAAAACCUGCAGGAAAAUCUCUGGAAUGGAUCAACAUAAUUGAUAAUGAUGGGGAUAUUUACAAGGAGGAUUCACUUAAAGACAAGUCUGUCAUCUCUCGUGACACUUCCAGUAACAAUGUGACCUUACAGGGACAGAACAUGCAGACUGAAGACACAGCUGUGUAUUACUGUAUGACACAACAAGCUGCAGUGUUACACAAAAACAUCUUCAUCACAACAUUAUAAACACUUCAGCCUAGACACUUAGAUAAUCAUUUACCAAAAACGAAUAGAAACCUAUACUCAGUGCAUAGUUAUUGAGAAUAUAUUAUUUAUCUUCUUUAGCUAUUAUAAAUGAAAAGCAUCUGAAUGUCUAGGUAACAUUCCACUUGCUUCCCAUGUUUGAAAGUAGUUUCUGAUAUUCAUACAGUUGAAUUUAAAUGGUACUCACAAUAACUGGCUUUCAAAUUAAACGAUAACUCUAAUUUAAAAAAAUGUUCCUUAAUGACUAAUUCCUGAUAUUGAUUUCAAUUCACAACGCAUAUGAGAGCAUUAUUAGAGGAUGAAGGCACUUCUGCACAUGCUACUGUAAUGAAAGCAAUGAGCUGCUUUAAGUGAGAAUGCGUCACAUCACCCUGCCCUUGAUUAUUUUCCUAUAACAGUAUGCCCCCAAGUGUUUUAUUCCUUACUGAAUCUGUCACUGAGCUCCUCUGCUUCUGUUGUAGUUUAGGUAAAGGUCUGUGUAACCUUAAGAAUCUCUAACUGCUCAUUAAUACACAUUCAGCUUCUCUCUCCUCACAGACUGCAAUGAUUCACCAUCAUCUCACUCACAUUAAACAACUGACAGAUAAUUUAUCUUUGUUGCUAACAUUAUCAUAGUAUUACUAUAUAUUUAAUUACACUACUCUGCAAAGGUAAUAAUAAAUAACUCUAAAUGUUAUACAUUAUAUCAUCAUUCACAAAGCUUU